AUGCCCGAUCAGCAAUUCGUUCUUACCACCUGGUCGGUGUUCUUGCACACUUUUUCCUUCUAUAAAGAGGAUGACCCCGACCUGGUCCUCGCCGGCCAAAUCGAGACCCAGUUUGGUCUGAUGACCUGGUUCAAGGACAAAACCUCAGUCACCGCCAGCCUCACCUCCACCACCACCGACGAAACCCCCGACCAACCCCCCCAAACUGGUCCCAAUCCUGCCCCCCUCCGCCCCCGCCCCAAGCUCCGGAAACGCUGCGGCUCCAACACGGUAAUUUGCUCCGGCAAACACGGCGCUGACGUGCCCGUGUGCGAGACCCUAGUCCGGGGCGUCUUCCCGGUGCAGUCCCAGAUGAUUCCGGAGGACAAUGACCACCGAUCUGUCUGCCUCGAGCUAUGGCUCGGAGAGCUUGACGGGUCUGGGCCAGAUGGUGGUGACGACGAGGACGAGGAUAGCCAGGAUGGAGUCGGCCAAGAUGACGUUUUCGCGGCCAUCCGCCGCCACAAUAUGACUACGCAGCGAUCCAAGAGGGGCAUCCACAGGAUCAAGUACCCAGUCACUUCAGCCUACAAAGAUAUCCUGGAGGAACUCGAACAAGCCCAAGGAAGCGAGACACAAACUGCCGAUGUCCUGAUGAAGUGGUUCAAGAUCUGCCAUGGCAUCAAUGACUUUCCCCCUGGAGAAGAGCCUUUACCAGGGCAGUACAAGUGCAAGUUCUGCUACCAAGACCUGACACAAGUGCAUAAAGCACAUGAGCAUGUACACUCUUGUGCCAAAACCAACGAACUGGGUAUCCAAAAAUCCUUCUCGAAGCUAUCUGCCCGUUAG